GAGCACCAGUAGGAGGAGGUUGUGUAGGAGCAGGAGGAGGUUGUGUAGGAGUAGGAGGAGGUUGUGUGCGAUGGAGGAGGGCGAUGUGCAGAGUGCCGUGUGGCGAGGCCGUGUGCCCUCCUGCUUCUCGCUGAGCCCCAACCACGACACGAGCAGGGAGGCUGAGCCCUACUACGUGAUGUUGCCACGACUGGGCUAUCUGCCGCUGGUGAUGGACUCAGUCCUGCGACACUUUGUGAAGAGUCUGCCUCGUGGUGAGGAGGUGCGUGGUGAGGAGGUGUGGGUGGAGAGCGAUGGAACUGCACUCAAGUGGCAGUACCCGAUUGGCCUGCUGUACGACCUCCAUAACACCAACUCCACGUUACCAUGGCAGCUCACAGUACAUCUGAAGGGGUUCCCUCGGGGUGAACUCCUGGAGGGCCCUUCCCGGGAGGCCAUGGAGGGUCUCUUCAUGUCCGCCCUGAAGGAGGCCGAUUGCCUGAAACAUCGCGGACACCUCAUGGGCGAGCUGCAGCGCAAGGAGCACAAACAGCUGUGGCUGGGCCUCCUCAACGGUCAGCCUACCUCCUCACCUACCUCCUCACCUACCUCCUCACCUAC